GGGGCGGGCUGAGACGAGGAGCCAAGAUGGCGGCGGCCGGUGGUGGCGGGGGUUCCUCCCGCUCUCCUGAGCGGUGUCAUGACCCGCUGUCGCGGUUCAUUUGUCCUGUGUGUCUCGAGGUGUACGAGAGCCCGGUGCGCGUCCCCUGCGGACAUGUCUUUUGCACUCCGUGCCUGCAGGAAUGUCUUAAGCCGAAAAAGCCAGUAUGUGGUGUCUGCCGCAGUACCCUGUCACCUGGUAGCAGAGCUCUGGACUUGGAAAAGCAAAUUGAAACGACAGAAACCACAUGCAAUGGCUGCAAUAAAAAAAUGUAUCUCUCAAAGAUGCGUAGCCAUGCAGCUUCUUGUUCGAAGUACCAGAAUUAUAUAAUGGAAGGUGUGAAAGCUGUAACUAAAGAACCACUUCACAACACCAGGAACUUCCCAAAUCGCUUUACUUUUCCUUGUCCAUAUUGCAGCGAGAAAAACUUUGAUCAAGAAGGACUAGUUGAACACUGCAAAACAUGGCACAGCAUGGAUGCAAAACAAGUGGUUUGCCCAAUCUGUGCUGCAAUGCCAUGGGGGGAUCCAAAUUACAGGAGUGCUAACUUCAUGGAGCACCUUCAAAGACGACAUCGCUUUUCGUAUGAUACUUUUGUGGAUUAUGAUGCUGAUGAAGAUGAUAUGAUGGCACAGGUUUUGAUGCGUUCUUUGCGAGAUAAAUGAACCAACUAGAAGAUUAAAUGUAAAAUCAAGCUUCCAUGAUGGGGAAAUGCCCAGCAUCCUCGCACUUCUCCCUGUACAUCCCAAGAUGAACUCAGGCAUUGAGAAAUACAGAAGACUUUUUAAUCCCUAUCUCAGUUUCAAAUCCUGGUUUGAUAUUUCUGUACUGCUCAGUCUUUUGUUAACGUGGUCUAUGCCGGUUAACCCUGUCAGCCUAAAUUUCUUACUUGCUUCACACACAGCGCUUAAUUGUAGGUCAACAUGGAGGACACAAAUCUGUUUUUCUGUACCUAUGCCUAUUUCUUUCUUUUGCAGCUGUGUUCAUUUGACUGUCUAAAAACAAAAACCUUCCAAAUGGAAUAGCCUGACCUAGUUAAUAAGUAUUUCUUCCCAUUCUUAUUUACAUAUCUUAAAUGAUAGUAUGAGAGGUGUAUUUGUAGCUCUGUUUUCCUUUAGUGAGACCUCUUGGUGCUAACUGUAAUUGUCAAACCAGCUCUCAUUUAACGUGACCUAUGAUGCUUGUGAUUUCAUAAUAUAUCCCAGUGUUUAAAUUCUUACAUGCAGCCUCUCAACUGUAUGGAAAACAUAUCUUCAGUACGAGUCUUUAAAUGUUCUUAGAAAAUCUUUGCACCUGUGUAAGAAAUUAGUUCAGAAUAUUUUAGUUUUAUGCAUGAUUAUUACUUUCUUCCAUAUUUUGACCAUAAUUUCUAGCCUGGAAAAUAAACUUUUAAUGUUGGUCUUAGUUAAAA